AUGGAUUCGCUUCCAGUCACCAACAAGACAGCUGGCGAGCCAGAGAGCUUGAUGAACAAGACUCUUGAGACUGGGGCCGCUGCUGUUCAGAACUUCGAGCCUGUGCAGAGGAUCUGCGCGCACCUGAACGCCUUCCAUGCGUACGCACAUGACCCUAAGCGAGAUGCUGUUGAGGCAAACCACUAUUGCGCACAUCUGAACGACGAUGUGCGACAGUGCAUCCUGUACGAUUCACCUGUGCAGCCAGCACGCAUCAUUGGUAUCGAGUACAUGAUCAAGCCGCAUCUGUAUGAGACUCUCGAUGAAGAAGAGCAAAAGCUGUGGCACUCGCACGUGUUCGAGGUCAAGUCCGGCAUGCUAAUCAUGCCAAAGCCCAAAGCCGUCCCAGAGGCUGCCUGGGAGCUUGCUGAAAACAAGGAGAUGGAGGAAGUAGUUCAUCUCUACGGCAAGAUCUACCAUCUAUGGCAGACUGAUAGAGGAGACAAGCUACCCCUUGGACCACCACAGCUUAUGACGAGUUAUACAUCAGCUGAUCAGAUGCCGAACUUCGAGAAAAUUAUCGAGGACCGAGAUAAGCGGUUCGGGACGGACCACAAGCGCAAGAAGGAGGUGCGCGAGUAUAUCGAGGUUCCAGAUAUCCACCGGAAUGCUGACGCUACGUGGGCGAAGGCAGGCCUCGGGCACAGCGGGGAGAAGGAGUCAUAG